AUUUUAGAGAAUUAGCAGUUUUUUCAAAUGCGGGUUCUCUUCACUGUACUUGCUUUACUUGCCACUGGGUAUUGCCUUUGCAAAGUCAAUGGUAGAGAUCGUAGUGAAAAUGAAAAAUGGGUUGAAGGUAGUUUUCUGAUACAAUGCCUAAAGGUUGGGAAGUGGGGUGGCUGGAGGACAACAGUUUUGGGUUGUAUGGUGAACAAUAAACAGAUUCCCACUGGUACCAAUGCAACACUUGGAAAAAAGACUUACAUCUGUGAAGAUACAGGAAACGGACGUCUUCGGCUGCGUACCUUCUGGUAUCAGUAGAACGCCAUCUUGCGUCACUUCUCUUAUUCUAUUUUUUCAAACAGAGUAAUGUUUUUACAAUUGCUAGCGCUCCUAGGCUUAUCUGCAAA